UUUUAUAUUGUAAUUUCGUCUAUGAAUCAAAGAAAUAUGAUGAAUAAUUUUACUGAUAACGUACCGAUUUCUCAAGCUAUUCAAAUGAAUGAAUGUAAAUUCUUUCAUUAUACACCAGAAGAUAAUAAUUUCUAUCAUAUAACUUGUCAAAUUAUUUUACGAGGUUCUGUCUUAGAUGAUCAUGAUUACGAUCAUGGAUUUUGUUAUCAUGGCUCUACAAUAAAUUAUUAUGUUAAGUGCAAAUUAUUUUCACAUCCUUUGAUCAUAAAAGUAUUGAAUAAAGAAAUAUACGGGAUGGAUAUUGACAUGAAUAACUUUGAACGAAAAAAAUCAUUGUCUUUGGAUCAAAUUUUAAAUCUAGAACGAGACUUGAAACAAAUUCUUCCAUUUUAUCUUAUGCAAAAUCAUAUUCCUAAAAGUGAAGCAAUAAGGAUGGAUUCUAAUAUAAAUAUGAAUCAGAUGAAUGAUAAUCAAAACAAUUUUGGCAACGGAAAUGGAUUUUAUCAAAAUGGCAUCGUAGACUAUAUUUACAAUGUCACUCAACCACGGCAACUAAUUGAUUUCAACAAUAUCUCGCCUAAAAGAGAAAUGAGACCAGGCUUCAAUAGAAAUUCAGAUUCAUUGUAUAGAAAUAUUGGAAAUAACAUAAUGGCGACACCGAUGAAUGACAAUCAAAAUAAUGUUAAUGAAGUUGGAGGUUACAUUCAAAAUGUUAUUCAUCCGCAACAACAAGUUGAUUUCAAUAAUGUGUCACCAGCUGAGAGAGAAAUGAGACCAGUACAUAAUAAUAAUAGAAAUACAAACAUAUCUCAUGAGAAUAUUAAGGAUAAUUUGAUGACAACACAAGUGACUUCAAUAAUGGAUAAUCAAAAAAAUUGCUUACCUUAUCAAAAUGAAGUUGAAGAUACUCAACAAACUGAUCUCAAUAAUUUUCCACAAUGUCAAAUCCCUGAAAGAGGGACGAUGUCAGAUUAUAAUUCACUUCAGAAUGAUGUAUUAGCAUAUGAUGUUUCAACUACUGAUAAUCAUCGAGAUACUCGCAUCGCAUCUCCACAGCCUGGUGAGAAUAUAACGACACGAGAUAUUCCGAUAACAGCCGUUGAUCGAAAUUAUGAUGAUAUAAAUGGAUUAAGCAAUAAGAAAAUAGAAAAUGCGACUGAAAAAUAUUAUUUUCAAAUUUAUGUUAAGAAAUUAAAUAAGAAAUUAAAUAAUAUCAACACUUAA